AUGUUAAUUUAUAAGAGGCGCAGGUUUAUAAUCGGAAAGUUUAAUUGGUAUCAGUGGUGUAACCUCUUAGCCACCGAUGGCUACGACCAACAAAAAUUUCGGGAAUGUAAAUGGCUGUGGCUGUGA